GUCACCUAUUGAAAGGCCAAUGUCUGCUUCCAGAAUACACUCCUUCUUGUCUUUCUUCUUUCUUUGAGCUGCCUUGAAGAAUCUAAUAAUGGGGCAGACUCGCUACUCGAGACCGGUAAAUCCAGCUCCCUCGGCUGAGGAAGUGGAUCAUCCGCUGAGUGAUGGCGGGCUGGGAGCUGACGCUUUGGAAUCUGGCGACACUACACCUCCCUCCAAGAGGAAAAGCAAGUUUGCAGGCUUUGGCAAGAUUUUUAAACCUUGGAAGUGGAGGAAAAAGAAAACCAGCGGCAAGUUCAAAGAGACUUCAGAAGUUUUAGAACGAAAGAUUUCAAUGCGAAAGCCAAGAGCGGAGCUCAUUGAAAGAGGGGUUUUGUUCGAAGACCCUGAACAGGAUGGAGAAGAGCCGGACAAAAUCGGUCACACGGCACUGAAAAAUGGACACACAGUCCCCAUUGAUUGCUCUGGGAUCACCGGCCUAAGCCACCUGGAGGAAGAGCCUGGGAAAAGGUCAAGCCUUAAGAAGCCUGGUCCAUCUGAGGAACCAAAGAAAUCGCAAGGAUCGUCUGGCAGUCAUCUCAGUUCGGAACCGGCACCUGACUAUCACGCCUCCAAGCAACCUUUGCUUCCUCCAAAACGGCCGUUGUCACAGCCCACUUCCCAGGAGGGGAGCGACACACACGGACCGGAUCUCAUCCCUACCAGUGCUGCAAGGACUAUGCCUUCUUCCACAAUGGCAGUGACUGCCGGUGCAACCAAGGGCCCCAGUUUUUCCACUGCCCCUUCCCCGGUCCCCAGAACUGUGCCCUCUGCUCUCACAAAUGCUUACACCACUGCUCCCUCGAGCGUUACCAAUGCCGCCCCUGCCAAGCAGCCCCCCAUCCCGCCUCCAAAGCCAGUGAAUAGGAACAGCAACCCUUUAAUAGUUGAGUUGUCUCAAGCGAUCAAUAGUGGCUUGGCUUUGCAGAAACCUUCUCCACCUUUGCCUCCGAAAAGAGGCAUCCCGCUGAACAUGUCUUCGUCACCCGAAGCUGCUGACCCCAGGUCACCCAGCGGCAGAAUCAUGCCGCCAUCCCAUCGCCCUUCCUCGAUACCAGGGCACAUGAUGCCGCCUCACCCGCCACCCUCUCCAUCGCCCCCUCCACCUGCUCACUUUCCCCCCGAACCUCAGUACGUUCCACUGCCUGCUUCCACCCAUGAGGCUGGCCUUCCACUUUCUCCAGAACUGCCGACGGAGGCCCACCAGGACGGGCUCUCGAGUUGGGGGGCGGCUGAGCAGGGCUUUGGAGAGCCUCGCGUGCCUUCUCGGCUGCCCCAGCUCCCUCUGCACAUUCUUAUCCAGCAGGCUCUGACGAGCCCCCUGCCAGCGACCCCGCCUGGGGAAGGGUCGCACAGGGCUCACUCGCUGCUCUUUGAAAACAGAGGCCUCUUUGAGGAAAAUGGCACCCUCGGCAGGACACGGUCGCUCCCGGUUACCAUUGAGAUGCUGAAAGUUCCGGACGAUGAUGAAGAGGCGGAGGACGUCCAAGAAGACACGUACCAUUCCAAUUCCCAUGUUUACAUUGGCGAGGACCCAAUGGUCACGGUCAUCCCCAGGCUAGUGCUGCAGACAGUGCAGGAUGAAGAAGAGGGCCCCAGCGACUCGGACUCCGAGGGACCCGUUCUGUACAAAGAGGACGACCAGGAGGAAGACGACGAUGAAAGCCAUAACAGUGCGCUAGCCAACAAGGUCAAAAGAAAAGAUACCCUUGCCAUGAAACUUGGCAACAUGGCCCCACGGCAGGAGUUACCAGGAGGGAACACUUUUCCUCGGAAGAGCAAGGAGGAGUGGAAUGAAAUCCGACAGCAAAUUGGGACAACAUUGAUCAGGCGGUUAAGUCAGAGACCAACACCCGAAGAGUUGGAGCAAAGGAACAUCCUUCAGCAAAAAAAUGAGGCUGACCGGCAGGCGGAAAAGCGGGAAAUCAAACGGAGGCUCACCAGGAAGCUUAGCCAAAGGCCCACAGUGGCUGAGCUGCAGGCAAGGAAGAUCCUGAGGUUCAAUGAGUACGUUGAAGUAACAGAUGCUCAGGACUACGACAGGCGAGCUGACAAGCCCUGGACAAAAUUAACACCUGCUGACAAGGCUGCCAUCCGGAAGGAGCUGAAUGAAUUCAAAAGCUCUGAAAUGGAAGUCCAUGAAGACAGCAAGCAAUUCACUCGGUAUCAUCGGCCAUGAACGUGUUUCUUUUUUCUUUCUUUUUUUAAAGCAAUACCAUCAGAAGAGGAAAGGAUUGCAGUGCUUGCUGUGUUAACCCAGUGAGGAGGAACCUUGAGGUUCGCCCAAGAUUUGCCUUCAUAACAUAUCCAGGAAGUGACUUUCUGCAGGGAACAGAAAGGGGUGUAGGGUUAGAACCUUUUUCAAAAGUAGCAUUACAUUGGAAGGAAUUUGUCUCAAGUGCCAUCGGAUCACAAUGGGAAUUAAA